CGGCUCCAUCCGGGUGCGGGCGGAGCUGCGGGCGCCUGGUCGCCAUUACGGGGCAGCGGCGGCGGCCGAGCCGGGGCCGGGGCCGGGGCGGCGCGGAGCAGCGGGGCUGCGGGCGGCGCCGGGCGGCAGGGCAGGGCCCCGCGGGGCUCCCUCCGUGGCUUUUUCCCCCCGCGCGGCUCGCCCGGAGCCCCUCCGAGCCGGCCCGGCCUCCCGCGGCCUUCCCCCGGUUCGAGCGGAGCGCCGAGAAGAUGUCGCCAUGAAGGAGGCCGAGGCCGCGCUGCGCCGCCCCCGCCGCUCCCCGCCGCGGGCCAUGAGCCUGGGCCCCCGCCGGCUCCGCCAGCGCCCGCCGAGCCCCCCACCCCCACCCGCCCAGGGCCGCCCCUCGCCCGCCGGGGCGCCCGUUGAUGCUGCAGAGCCCGCCCGGCGCCUCCCCCGCCUCCGCCCCCGCCAUGGACAAGAGCAGCCCCUGCGGCUCCGGUGCGCCCGGCUCCUCGGCCGGCGGCAAAGGGCAGCAGCCGCGCUCCGCAUCGGCGGGGCCCGCCGCCGGGGAGUCUAAGCCCAAAGGCGAUGGAAAGAAUGCGAAUGGAUCCAAGCAGCGUUAUAACCGUAAAAGAGAAACUGCAUAUUCCAAAAAUGAGAACUUUUCCAGUCAGUCCCGUCGCUCCAAUUCACAGAAAAGCAAAGCUUUUAACAAGAUGCCCCCUCAGAGGGGAGGUAGCGGCGGAAGUGGCAAACUUUUUAGCUCUUGUAAUGGUGGAAGACGAGAUGAGGUAGCAGAGGCUCAACGGGCAGAGUUCAGCCCUGCCCAGUUCUCUGGUCCCAAGAAGAUCAAUCUGAACCACUUACUGAACUUCACUUUUGAACCCCGUGGCCAAGCAGGCCAUUUUGAUGGGAAUGGACAUGGCAACUGGGGGAAAAGGAACAAGUGGGGACAUAAACCUUUCAACAAGGAACUCUUCCUACAGGCCAACUGCCAGUUUGUUGUCUCUGAAGAACAGGACUACACAGUCCACUUUGCUGAUCCAGAUACCUUGGUCAACUGGGACUUUGUGGAGCAAGUGCGAAUUUGUAGCCAUGAAGUACCCUCUUGCCCAAUCUGUCUGUACCCGCCUACAGCAGCAAAGAUCACCCGCUGCGGGCAUAUCUUUUGUUGGGCAUGUAUCCUUCACUAUCUCUCCUUGAGUGAGAAAACCUGGAGUAAGUGCCCUAUUUGUUACGGCUCUGUUCACAAGAAGGAUCUUAAGAGUGUUAUUGCUAUGGAAACACGCCAAUAUGCAAUUGGUGAUGUCAUUACGAUGCAACUUAUGAGAAGAGAGAAAGGUGUUCUGAUAGCACUGCCCAAAUCUCAGUGGAUGAAUGUGGUACAGCCUGUUCACGUUGGAGAUGACCAGCACAGCCAGUAUUCCAAACUGCUUCUGGCAUCCAGGGAGCAGGUCCUGCAGUUGGUGAUUCUGGAGGAGAAAGCAGCGUUACUAAAACAGUAUGAGGAGGAAAAACACACCCCGGAGGCAUGCUUUAUUGAGGCUGCUAUCCAGGAACUGAAGGAGCGAGAAACAGCACUCUCUGCUGACAAGGAUAAAAGCAGUGGCAUUGCUGGAAUUAGUGCAGCUGUGGAAGAAUUGGUCCUAGACAGCUCCAAGACUACAGAGCCUGCAGUUCUCCAUGAGAAAAAGUGUGGCAUGGAGUAUCUCUCUGCAUUCGAUGAGGAGCUUGUGGAGCCUUGCUCUGAUCAGGCAAGUUCCUUUUUGCCUCCUGUGGAAUCAGAAGAGGCAGUGCUGGAUGAAGAGGAAGUACCUGAGGUGGAUACCAUAGGGGAACCUGAUGUGAAAACUACAGAAGAAUUAAAUCCAGCUGAAACAAGCUACCAAGAAUGUAAAGAUACAAUUAGCAGUGGACAUCAUAACAACUCUCCCUUUUACUAUUUCUAUCAAGCGGAGGAUGGACAGUGCAUGUAUCUUCACCCUGUGAAUGUUCGGUGUCUUGUUCGUGAAUAUGGCAGCUUGGAGAAGAGUCCAGAGAAGAUAACUGCAGCUGUAGUGGAGAUAGCUGGCUACUCAAUGACAGAGGAUAUAAGACAGCGUCAUCGCUACCUAUGUCAUUUGCCCCUCACCUGUGAGUUCAGCAUUUGUGAACUGGCUCUGAAGCCACCUAUCAUCUCUAAGGAGACUUUAGAGUUGUUCUCAGAUGACAUUGAAAAGAGGAAACGCCUACGGCAGAAGAAAGCUCGUGAUGAACGACGACGUGAACGCAGAAUUGAGAUAGAAGAAAACAAGAAACAGGGCAAAUAUCCAGAGGUCCAUAUUGCUUUAGAGAAUCUGCAGCAGUUUCCUGCAUUUACAUCUUGCCAUGGAGAAACCAGCACUGAUCAUCAGAGCUUCUGUCCUUCUCCUCUUGGCAGAAGCCCUGUGUUUCAGACAGAGUCUAUUCCAACUCCACUGUCACCUGCUGCCAGCCAGGCCAGCCCGUUGCUCUGUGGGAGCUUAGAAGAAGACUCUCCAUUCCCAUCCUUUGCCCAGAUGUUGAGGGUUGGAAAGGCAAAACCAGAAACGUGGCCCAAACCUGCUCCAAAGACAAGAGAUGAGAACACUCUGGCACUCCCUGUGCCAGCAGACAGUGAUGGGGAAAGUGACAGCUCUGACCGCACGCCUGUGCCCAGCUUUCAGAAUUCCUUCAGCCAAGCUAUCGAGGCAGCCCUCCUGAAGCUGGACAAACCGUCUGCAGCUGAGCAUUUGUCAGAGGAAAAGGGAGGCAAGAAAAGAAAGAAACAGAAGCAGAAGCUACUGUUCAGCACCUCUGUUGUUCACACAAAGUGAUUCUGCUAUUCAAGAGAAGUUUCCUCUCCUGGUUUUCUUUUCCUUUUGCUUUGUUUUGCUGCUAAUAGUUUAAGUAUUUAAAUUUGGACAGACUAAACUUGUGUUUCCAGGGCUUCUAGGGGUUCAGGAGGAAACCAUGACAGCGUUAUGUUGAAGUAAGAUUUCUUUAUUCCAACUUACCAAAUCGGUUUAUACUGAAACAAAGUUUUGAAACAACCCAGACACCAUUCAGCCAAGGCUUCUAGUCUGUGCCAUGUCAAUUCUUUUGGCCUAAUAAGCAGUAUGAAAGUGUUUACAUCUGCGUGGCACUGCCAGCCUGCUGCAGUAUUGCCUAAGUGAAGGGGCAGAGAGCCUUUACUUCCCCAGAAGUAUUCGUGCGCAGAAGCCCAUCUGAUUGUGACAGCAGCACUGUUUCAGUAAAGCUGUUAAACUGCUCUCUUCAGAAACUGGUUUCCUCUGAGCUGGGAAUGGGCAGAAGAGCUUCCUGGCUUUAAAGUGUUAGCUGCUAUCUGUUCUUUUUCUAAAGAGCAAGAAUUCCUCCUGUUCUCCUGGCUUUCAAAGACUUAAAGCUGAGGUGAGCGUAAAGCAGAACUUGGCUAGUUGGUUUUGAAGUGACUCUUGCUGAAAUUGUGUAUUUCAAAAUGCAUACUGGCACUAGUGGUAGAAGGAACUCCUGGCUUAUUGCAGCUGUUCAACUCUGUUUUAAUGUGGGUGAGUGAGGCUGCUAGUUUGUUUUUUUUUUCUUUUUUGCCAACCAUGGCCAACAAAUCCUUUGUAGCCAGAUCAUCUAGGAUGAACACUCCACCCUGGGGCUCUUGGUAGUAACUACACAAAUGGUGUUACAACACUGGCUCCUCUUGAAGUGGAAAACCAACUGAUAGCUGGAGUCCAUAGAUAUUUUAUCCCCUGGCAAGGAACACAGAUGGGUUUUUUGCACUGGGCUAAGGGCCUGUAUCUGCUUGGUUCUGGGCUGUGAGUUGAUCUGCACUAAGCACCUCGGGUUAGAAACAUGCCUCUUCUGGACCCCUGCCCCCUCUUAUUUUGGGUGGUCGCAUUCUGCACUGCUUGUGGUUUGAUUUAAAGCUAAUGAGUUAAGUGGUGUGGAUUUUGUUAAAUAAAAUGAACUGUAGGUGUAAUGUACUAGUCAAGGCCAACAGUUGCAAUAAAUCAUAUGCGCACACUUAAAAUACUGCAGACUUCUUGAGCUGUAACUUGACCUCUUACAUCAACAUGGAGCGUAAUACCACUUUCAGCAACACAUUUAAACCUUAGCAUCCCGCAUUUCCUUUCAGGGAGUUGGUAUGAAGCACCACCUAAUUUACAGGGGCAGUUGUUGGGUCUUCUGUUACGUUCAGCCCCACCUGCACCAAGAAGUGAGCUGCCUGCACUCUGAGGUUUUGAGUUGUUCAUGUGCUUCCAGUGAGGAGCAGACUGCUCACUGGCACUGCUGGUGUAUUCACUGGGUGUGUCCCUAUUUUAAAAAGCUUGUCAAUGUAUUGAUGCUUGAUUUCAAAACAGUCAGCUGUCUGUUACACAAGUGCUUCCUUAAGGCGUGUGUGCAAGGGAAGCUAGUACCAAGGAGUACACACUUCAAGACACUGUAUGCAGCUGUAAACUAGAAAGAAGGGGGGUGACGGGAGGUAAAGAAUGUCUCUGUUACUAUAGGAGAGAGGAAAUGCUUGCAAAGCCUUCUUUGAAAGCAGCUUAAUUUCACACUUGGUCACAAUUAACUACACUUGAUGGAAAGACAGCACAGCUUGUCAAGAGUGCAAAGAAACUAAGACAAGUGCCUAGAAGUGGUAGCACAGCUUGUUAAUGCUUCAAACACAUAGUGGAAAAUGAUUGGUGAGGGAAUAGAAAGCCACUGAGCAAGAAAGAUUCAAGUAUGCAGUUAACUGUGUUCACAAUGCUGUUGUUUCCUACUUGUAACAGUAUUUUUAAGUCAUGGAGCAGGAGUUACUACUUAAGUGUCUAACCAUUAUCUGUUGUUUAUUAUUCCUACACCUUUAUAGUCAACUUUUCUUUGCGGUGGCAAGAGAGAGUAGUUGGAGCUGGUACAACUUGCCUCCACUUCUCGCUAGCACUAGAACAAGGGAAAAUCAUGCAGGCGAGGAACUGUCCCUUCUGCAGGGGCAGUCUCCGAAGGACAGCAUCAAGUUGUAUCUCGUUUUCCUAUGGAUUCAAGAGAUGCUACCAGCAGUGCUCCUUUCCUGUAACUGAUUGGUGUAAUCUUAAUAAAUAUUUAAGCAGUA